AAGUUCUAUUCGGGACAUUCGUAAUUAAAUUAUUUACAUUUACUUUUACUAACUAUAAAAUAUCCCAUAAUGGUGGUUAAAGCUGUGUGCGUUAUCAAUGGCGAUGCCAAGGGCACCGUUUUUUUCGAGCAGGAGGCGGACGGUUGCCCGGUGAAAGUUACAGGAGAAGUUACUGGCUUGGCGAAGGGUCAGCAUGGCUUCCAUGUGCACGAGUUUGGCGACAACACGAACGGUUGCAUGUCCUCUGGACCGCAUUUCAAUCCGUACCAGAAGGAACAUGGCGCUCCGACUGACGAGAAUCGUCAUUUAGGUGACCUGGGCAAUAUAGUAGCCACCGGCGAUGGACCCACCCCAGUUGACAUAUGCGAUUGCAAAAUCACGUUGUUUGGAGCCAAUAGCAUUAUAGGACGCACUGUUGUCGUACAUGCUGAUGCCGAUGACUUAGGCAAAGGAGGUCAUGAGCUGAGCAAGACAACUGGCAACGCUGGGGCUCGCAUCGGUUGCGGCGUAAUUGGAAUUGCGAAAAUCUAAAAAAUAUAAAACAUCUGAAUUCAAUACUUAUA